ACUAGACAAACAAAGCAAUAAUAGAAAAAGUGAGGCUUGAGAAUCAUGAUGAAGCCAACUACUCUUGCUUCCCUCUCCCUUCUCUUCCUCCUUUUGUUUGUUACCUCUGUGGAAUCAAGAAAAGAGCCAGGAAUGGUAGAAGGAUUUCAAAGCCUUCUCCAAUUGAAGGCUGAGAAUAAGCCAAAUGCUCAAGAGAUAUUACUUGAUGAAGGUCCUAAUAAGCAGAAAUGUGAAGAGAAGAAAGUGAUCAUGGAAAUAGAGAUGAUUCUAGAAGAUUUUGAACCAAGACCAAGUGUUACAGCUUACAAUGAUGACAAUAUUCAUUCUAAGUUGAAGAAUAAAGAAUUUGAGCCAAGACCAAGUGUUACUGCUUACAACAAUGAUAAUAUUCAAUCCAAGUUGAAAAAUGGUGGAUUUGAGCCAAGACCAAGUGUUACAGCUUACAACAAUGACAAUAUACAUUAUUCUAAGUUGAAGAACAAUGAAUUUGAACCAAGACCAAGUGUUACUACUUAUAAUAAAGAAUUUGAACCCAUUCCAAGUGUCACUAAGUAUAAUGACUAGAUCACAAUUGGAAAUUUGAGUGCAGUUACUUUCUAUGUAUUGAAUAUAUAAUAAAUAGGCCACUUCUUUCGUGGUCCAAAUAAUAAUGGUUCAGAAUCGCAGUCUCAUGUAAAUUAGAAAGGGGGACAAUGAUUCCCUCUAAAUCCUAGGCUUUUUUUAUAAAUUAUAUAAAAAUUUUAAUUCAGUCCC